UAGAGUAGGUGUGGUGCAUCUACACCUGUCCAGUAGCACACAGGCAGCCGCUCAGGUGACAGGAAAGAAAGAUCACUCUUCAGUAGAAAAAUAAAGAGAGAGGGCACAGAGAGAAAAGGAGAAGGAGAGGACAGCAGUUGGGAUACAAAGGGGGAGGGACAGAGACAGAGGAGAAGAAAGCUGUAAACAAAUGAACUGAGGCCAAACAGAGACACACCUGGAGUCAAAUAAAAGCAACUGGAGACUGGAUAGACAACUGAAAGACUGGGCUCUGCAUUUCCGAGAUAGAUACUCUACAACAUUUCAACUGUGGCAAGAAAAAAAGAACAGAAGAUGAAAAUGGAAACGCCACAUAUUGACGAGGACUGAUAGAAGAUAGAAGACCAGAAAGAUACCAAAGAAGAGUGGAAGGAGACCAGGAGUGAAAGCAAAACAAGCUCCAUAGAGAAGAACAAAAACAUCAGAGCACUCUUCAAAGAACUGUGAGGAUUUUUCAAGCAGCUGCAGACAUCUUCUCUCCGCCUCUACGCCAUGGCCUCCAUGGGGAUGCAGAUGCUGGCCAGUGCCCUGUGCCUGCUGGGUUGGGCAGGGGUCAUCAUUAGUUGUGUAAUGCCUAUGUGGAAGGUCACAGCCUUCGUGGGCAGCACCAUCGUCACCUCCCAGACCAUCUGGGAGGGCAUCUGGAUGACGUGUGUGAUCCAAAGCACAGGACAGAUCCAGUGUAAACCUUAUGAGUCCCUCCUUGCUCUCGGUGGUGACCUGCAGGCCGCCAGGGCUCUGACUGUCCUCGCCAUUGCUACAGGCGGCGUAGGCCUCAUUCUGGCCUUCGUUGGAGGGAAGUGCACUCGCUUCCUGGAUGGAGAAGGAGGCCGGGUGAAGGGCAAGGUGGCUGUAGCAGCAGGGGCAGUGUUGAUCGGCACUGGGCUGCUGUGUUUGAUCCCCACAUCGUGGACAGCCGGGGCGGUCGUGAAGAGGUUCUACAGCGCCUCCAUAGAUGCUCAGCGGAGGGAGAUUGGAGCCUGUCUCUACAUUGGCUGGGGGGCGUCCAUCCUUCUUAUUCUGGGAGGGGGUCUGUUCAUCAGCUCAGCGUGCCCCCUCAAAGCAAACAACGCAGACAAGAACCCCUCUGUCCGCUACCUGGUAGUCCGCUCCUCCAAUGGGUCCAGCCAGGCAGGUUCUCAUCGCAGCAGGAUACCAUCAGCAAAGUCUCAGCCUGUAGGAGCAGUUUUCACCAGGUCUCAAAGCUACGAGGGGGCAUCCACAAAGUCUCAGCCAUACACAAGGCCUCCCUGGGAGGACAUGCCUGAGCAGGGAUUGAGGCAGGAGUCAGAAAGAUCAUGGGCACCAUCAACAAAGUCUCAGAUGAAAAGACCGGAAUCAACAAAAUCAGAAGAAAGCGACGCUCUUUCUACAAAGUCUCAGCUGAAACGAGCCGAAAUGGAAGAGAGUUUAUUAGACUCAGUCAAAAGUGACAAUGAGGACGCAUCCUCGAAUCCAGCAAAAACAUACCUAUAAUAUGGACACACACACUCACAAACAUACAAAUGCAACACUCUCUCUCACUCUCUCUACCUUCACACAUACAACACUGCAGAUGUUUUUAUAGAUAUAGUUAUUCUGACAUAGUUUACUUUUUGUGAUUGUUUACUGAUUAAAAGUAGUCUAAGAGGUCAGCAUUGUAUUUAAACAUAGUUAUCUUUAAACUCCAUCAUGUUGUUUUGAUCAAAGCACAGAAGGGAAAAGAAUUACAGCUUUGAUAUGUUUUAUGUUAAAUGCACUAAAAGUGAACUGAACCAAACUAUAAGGUGCAAGUGAAGUAUAUUAUAGAUGUCUUCUUCUUUUUCAAAAAUGAACUUUUAAAAUGUUGACAUGUGAAGUUUGAUAUGUUAAUAAGCAGCAUUACACGGAUAUCAACUUUAUUUCUCGCUGUUUAACUGCACUGAAUGAGGAAGAAGUUUACCUCAGACUUUUUAGCUUGUUUGUUUCCACUGGACAUACAGUAAAACAACCUGAAUGCAUCCUGAGUGAUGAAGCAGCUUGAAGCAGCUAAAUAAUUUAGCCAAUUUUUUAUGAUUAGGCUACUUUAACAUUUUUUAAUUCAAGUAUGAUCUUUCAGAUGAUUUGAUAAGAAAAAUGGCCAUUAAAAACUCCACUUGCUGCAAAUAAAAUAUUGCACUUUUUGUUGCAUCAGCAAAACUGUUACUUUUAAGAGGGUUUCUGUAAACAUUUAGCUUUCUGUUACAACUGUGAAAUGUGACUUUGUUUAUUUUGUUUGGACAGAUAUUUUUGACAGAUGUGUACAUUUACUUUUCAAUAAAUUACUGUAAUUUGA